UAUUAUUGUAAAAAUGUAUUGAUUUCAAACUUCACACCUACCGCUUACAUGUUAUUAAUGCUUAGGAUAAAAGGAACAGAAUAACUUAAUUGAUUUUCUUUGUAUGUCAACAAGUCAACAUACUCCCGAUUCACGUGUAUCGACGAAUAUACACCUUACAUUGCCGUUGGAGUUCCAUGAUUAAAUAUGUACCAACUCAAAUACCAGUGUUCACUGCAAACACUUUAUACCAAAGUGUCAGCGAUAGUGGGCGGUUGCCUCUCUCAUUCGCCUAGGAGUUUCAACAGUUCCAGUUUAAUUUGUCUGUGUAAUCAAUGAUAGAUUUUGUCUCCCUAUUGGAAGGAUUUGAUUAAUUGUGUUUAUCGAAAACAGUUGUAAAUAAGAUUUUUUAUUGUUUAUAUUUCAGUGUAUGCGUCUCAGUAGACCUUCCUGGAUCGUUAUCAAACUUGGAGUGUCUUAUCAGAGAUCUGGAGUAUUAAUUCCUGGCAGUAUAUUACUAAAGAACGGCGUAAUUAAUCAAAACAGCAUACUGAGUUGUAUAUGCCAAUGGAUGAUACAAAGUGAUUUUAGCUUCCAUUUUUUUUUUUAUCUGAUAUCUGAUAUAUCUUUAUUAAAGUUUACAUUGGAGGACCGCUUAUGAACAAUACAUCUGGUAAAUAAUAUAUACAUAAUACCGACGGAUUGCAAACUAUCAAAGCCAGCAUAUGAAUGUUUGGUACACAUUUUAAAUCAGCGAAGACAGAAAGGCACGCGCACGGUACACGCGCUGAUAGAUUAUCAACUAAUCAGAGCAGUCCUUUGGGAAGCUCCGCCCCUCUCUUUCAAAAGACAUUUAUUUUUGAACAAGAAUUUCCCCUUCGUUGCGUUAUGGAAUUAUUAAGUAUUGAAAUACUUUCCUCCGUGAGAAUUAUUUUCUUCAGCAGUGUUUACUGAAAUACACGUGGAUUGGUGAAUGUUUCUUUUGAAUUCGUUAGGACGACGUUAUCACCGACAUGGCCUGGACAACGUGUAUAGGGUAUUACCUAAUGGCCGGACUGGUAACUGUGUACGCUGACCAUAUAGACGACCGAUGGGAACAAUGGUGGGGGUAUGACGAAACUUCAGGUCCGGCCAACUGGGGCGUUACUGGACCGUACCGGAUGUGCUCCUGGGGGAAACAGCAAUCUCCAAUAGACAUACACCCGGAUAUGCUUCUAUUCGACCCAAAUCUGAAACAUAUCAAAGUGGAGAGUUCUCACGUAAAUGGAAAACUGCUGAACACCGGAAAUGACAUCACGUUUAUGCUGGACAGUUCUUUCCCAACUCACGUCAACAUCAGCGAAGGACCAUUAUCAUACGUCUAUCACGUGACAGCCGUCAAAUUUCAUUUUAGUAAAAGACACUUUAACGGAUCAGAGCACAGAAUUGCUGGACGGGCAUUUCCGGCGGAAAUGCAAAUAAUAGGAUAUAACGGCGAUCUAUAUGAGAAUAUGUCUCGUGCAGAAAAUUCUUCAAAUGGAAUCGUCAUUAUUUCCACAUUUUUAGAGAUACAACCACAAGGACUGGAACCUAAUCGAGCCUUAAAAAUAUUUACAAGUAAUUUGGAAGCCAUAAGUGAAAGAAAUUCCAUUGUACAGAUAAACUCAUUUUCUAUAGCGGAGCUACUUCCCCGUACUGACCAUUAUAUUACUUAUGACGGAUCGAUGACGCAACCAAGUUGUCAGGAAACAGUUACCUGGAUAAUAUUUAAUAAACCAACAUAUAUAACAGCAUCACAGUUGAGGGAGUUAAGGAACGUACGUAUGGCUUGGCCAUGGGAUAAUGUCAGACCGGCAAUGCCUCUCAACCAUCGAGUAGUUCGAACCAAUAUUAAUUCCAGAAAACAAUCAAGAUUAUGUAGCAUGAAAAGAGAUAUAUUUUACGACAUAAACUCAAACUUUAGAACAUGAAGAGGCAUAUAAGACUACAAGAAUAUUCCUCUUCAACCAAAGAUACACUAUGCAACAAGUGUGGCGACUGCUUCCGGCGGAAGUCGUUCAUCGAGAUAGGAUUAUAGUUCAGUAUAAUUGUCGUUAUCUGAAAUGUGUG